CAACAGCCGCCGCUAGGAUGCUGCGCGCAGCCCCGAUGUAGCGCUUGAGCGCCGACCCUCUCGCCGCACUCCCGGCCCGGCGUCUUCCCUUCUCUUUGGAUGCCGCGGGGCAAGAUGGAAGAGAUCCUGAAGAAGCUGCAGAAGGAAGCAUCGGGGAGCAAAUACAAGGCGAUCAAGGAGAGUUGCACCUGGGCCAGCGAAACAUUAGAAUCUCUAGAUGCUACAAACAAGAUCCCUCCUUAUCAGCUGAGGGAGAAGUGUCUCCUUCCACUGCAGCUUGCUUUGGAGAGCAAGAAUAUGAAACUGGCACAGCAAGCUCUAGCAGGGAUGCAGAAGCUACUGUCUGAUGAGCGAUUUGUAUCCAUGGAAACUGACUCUGAUGACAAGCAGUUGCUUAAUCAAAUGCUGAAUGCAGUCAGAGUGACUCCAUCUCUCAAUGAAGACCUGCAGGUAGAAGUGAUGAAGGUAUUGCUCUGCAUAACAUACACUCCAACGUUUGAGUUGAACGCAAGUUCUGUACUUAAGAUUGCUGAAGUCUGCAUUGAAACUUAUAUUUCCAGUUAUCACCAGCGGAGUAUUAAUACAGCUGUACGGGCAACUCUCAGCCAGAUGUUGAGCGAUUUGAUUUUACAGUUGCGGCAAAAACAAGAAAAUACAAUGACUGAAAGCCAAGGAGUUCUUCAAGGGCUCAAGAAUUCAGAUUCCACCACUGAGUCAUUCUGUGAUGAUGUUGUCUCUGUCUUCAUGGUCCUCUGCGAAAAACUUCAGACAGCCAUCAGUGACAAUCAGCAGUUGCAGCUUCUCUACCUGGAAUGCAUUCUCUCCAUGCUGAAUAGCUUUUCUCCUAGUAUGCGCCACCAUAAAGGAUUCACUGACCUCAUCUGGAAGCAGCUUUGUCCAGCCCUGAUUGUAAUCUUGGGCAAUCCAGUUCAUGACAAAACAAUCACAUCUGCUCACAGCAACACUAGUCAUGAAGCCGAUUCUCCUUCCUCGGGAGUCUCUGACCGUGGCCGAGGGUCAGGCUGCUCUACAACUGCCCCUGCCCUUAGUAGUCCUGUUGCACGGACUAUCUACUACAUUGCAGCGGAGCUCGUUCGAUUGGUGGGCUCAAUGGAGUCCAUGAAGCCUGUUCUGCAAUCUCUGUACCAUCGGAUGCUUCUGUAUCCCCCACCCCAGCACAGAGUAGAAGCUAUCAAGAUCAUGAAAGAGAUACUCGGAAGUCCUCGACGGCUUUGUGAUUUAGCAGGUCCCUGCUCCACAGAACCAGAAUCCAGAAAGAGGUCCAUUUCAAAAAGAAAAUCCCACCUGGAUCUUCUUAAACUAAUCUUGGAUGGGAUGACUGAAGCCUGCAUAAAAGGUGGCAUUGAAGCAUGCUAUGCCUCGGUGUCAUGCGUCUGUGCCCUGCUUGGAACGCUGGAUGAGUUAAGUCAAGGGAAGGGCCUUGAUCAGGAGCAAGUACAUCUGCUUCUCCGACGGUUGGAUGAAUUAAAAGAGGGGGCUGAGACAAGUAGAGAUUCCAUGGAGAUCAAUGAUGCUGAUUUUAGGUGGCAAAGACGUAUACUGUCAUCAGAGCAUGCCCCCUGGGAUGCAGGCCAUGAAAAGAGUCCUGACAUUAGUAUUAGCGUUACCACAGAUACAGGUCAGACAACCCUAGAAGGAGAUAUGGGGCAGACAACACCAGAUGAUCGUUCUGAAAUUCGUAAGAAUUCUUUGCAAUCCCCAGCUGGACAAGCAGGCAAAGAAAUUCAUUAUAAAGAGCCAGAAUCAGAAACAGUUGACCAGCCAGACGUAGUUCAACGGAGCCAUAACGUUGUCUAUCCAGAUAUAACUAAUUUCCUUUCUGUUGAUUGCAAGGCCCAUUCAUGUGGAUCUAGAUACAGUGAGAGUAAUUUCAGUGUUGAUGACCAGGAUCUUUCCAGAACUGAAUUUGAUUCAUGUGACCAAUAUUCUAUGGCAGCAGAGAAAGACUCUGGAAGGUCAGAUGUGUCAGACAUAGGUUCAGAUAACUGUUCAUUGGCUGAUGAAGAACAGACACCACAAGAUUGUCCUGGUCACAAGACUUUACGAACUGCUUCCCUUUCCUUGAAACUACUUAAGAACCAGGAAGCGGAUCAGCACAGUGCCCGAUUGUUUAUCCAGGCUCUUGAAACUCUCCUCCCACAUCUUAUAGCUCUUCCUAAAGUAGAAGAGGUGGAUUUGGCUCUCCAGAACUUUUCCUCAACUUUUUGUUCAGGUAUGAUGCAUUCUCCAGGAAUUGAAGGGAAUGCCAGCUUUAACUUCCAGACCCUGAUGAACGCAGAUAGCCUCUAUGUAAUCUCUCACUAUACACUUCGGCUCAAUCUGAAGCUGUCAAAUGCAGAUUACUAUCGGAAGAAACCUGCCCAGUCUCCUGUAUUACUGAAGGAAUUCAUGAAACAGAUCCAGUCCAGUGGAGUAUUGAUGGUAUUUUCUCAGGCCUGGGUUGAAGAACUUUACCAUCAAGUAUUGGAGAGAAAUCUUCUUGGGGAAGCUGGUUAUUGGGGAAAUCCUGAAGAGCAUAGCCUUCCACUCAUCACUAUGCUGACAGACAUUGAUGGCUUGGGAAGCAGUGCAAUAGGCGGGCAGCUGAUGGCUUCAGCUUCCAAACAGUCUCCUCUGUCCCAGACCUGGAAACCAGAUGACACAGUGUUGGCAGGAGUCGCUUUUGCCCGAUACCUUCUAAUUGGUUGCUGGAAGAAUUUGAUUGACACCUUAUCGACACCUCUGACUGGUCGCAUGGCAGGGAGCUCCAAAGGAUUAGCAUUCAUUCUUGGGGCUGAAGGCAUCAAGGAGCAGAACCAAAAGGAGAAGAACGCCAUUUGCAUGAGUCUAGAUGGGCUAAGGAAGGCAGCCCGGCUCAGUUGUGCUUUAGGAGUUGCUGCUAAUUGUGCAUCAGCCCUUGCUCAGAUGGCUGCUGCGUCAUGUGUUCAAGAGGAGAAAGAGGAAAGAGAUGCCCAAGAGCCCAGUGAUGCUAUUGCUCAAGUAAAACAGAAAGUAGAGCAAAAACUGGAGCAGAUGGGGAAGGUGCAAGGUGUCUGCCUCCACACCGCUCAUGUUUUAUGCAUGGAUGCUGUUCUCAGCGUGGGACUGGAGAUGGGAAGCCACAAUCCAGACUGCUGGCCUCAUGUGUUUAGAGUAUGUGAAUACAUCAGCACGUUGGAACAUGUGCAUUUCAGUGAUGGCACACCUCAGCCACCUGUAACUAUCACCCAAGCCCCACAGGUGGCAGGGGAACUUCAGGGUGAAGUUCAGUCCACAGACUCACCCCAGGAACUGGUUCUGGAGCAAGAGGCAGCCUUGAGGAACAACCCUGUCAUCCAGCCAGUGUCCAUUCAGGAUCUCAUCAAAGAAGGCAGUAAGGGAAGAGCUUUUGAUUUUCGGGGAGGCAGCCUGAUGACCGGGAGCAGCGCAGCCAAGGCUAUCCUCACCCUCUCGACUCAAGCCGACAGGCUAUUUGAAGAUGCUGUUGACAAACUGAAUCUGAUGGCUUUGGGAGGUUUCCUGUACCAGCUGAAAAAGGCCUCCCAGUCCCAGCUCUUCCAGUCAGUUACAGACACAGUUGAUUACUCUUUGGCUAUGCCAGGAGAAAUAAAAUCCACUCAAGAAAGGAGAAGUGGCCUUCACUUGUUCCGCCUAGGGGGAGCCGUGCUCCGAAUUGUGAGGAGCAGAAGUCGUCCUCUGCUCCACCUUAUGCGCUGUUGGCACCUCGUGGCUCCUCACUUAGUUGAAGCUGCCUGCCAUAAAGAAACGCAUGUUUCCCGGAAGGCUGUUGCUUUUAUCCAUGACAUCCUAACAGAGGUUCUGACAGACUGGAACGAACCCCCUCAUUUUCACUUCAACGAGGCACUUUUCCGUCCCUUUGAGCGCAUCAUGCAGCUAGAACUUUGUGAUGAGGACAUUCAGGACCAGGUAGUCACAUCUAUAGGAGAGUUGGUGGAGGUGUGCUCAACUCGAAUUCAAUCAGGUUGGAGACCAUUGUUCAGUGCUUUAGAAACUGUGCACAGCAGCAGCAAGUCAGAAGUUAAAGAGUAUCUUGUUGGAGAGUAUUUGAUGGGAAAAUGCCAGGCUCCAGUAUUUGAUGUCUUUGAAGCAUUUCUAAAUACCGACAACAUCCAAGUCUUCGCAAAUGCAGCCACAAGUUAUAUCAUAUGUCUUAUGAAGUUUGUCAAAGGAUUGGGGGAAGCAGACUGCAAGGAUAUUGGUGACUGUACAUUAGGAUACCUGUCUACAGAUUUGUGCCUUCCUGCUCUUGAUUAUCUCAGGAGGUGUUCCCAGCUACUUGCCAAAAUCUACAAAAUGCCCUUGAAGCCUAUUUUUCUCAGCGGGAAAUUUGCGAACUUACCCCAAAGGAUCCAGGAACGAUCUGCAGGCAGUGAGGAUGGCGUUGAAUGUGUCCUUUCUGAGUUUGAUGAUGACACAGGCCUUAUUAAUGUCUGGAUCAUUCUGCUAGAAGAGUUGACGACUGCCAUAUCCAAUUGUCCCCGCCAGCACCAGCCUCCUACCUUGGAUUUGCUCUUUGAACUACUAAGAGAUGUUACCAAAAUGCCAGGCCCAGGAUUUGGUAUUUAUGCAGUUGUACACCUCCUGCUCCCUACAAUGUCUCUUUGGCUUCACCGCAGCCACAGCGAUCAUUCUUACUGGGAUGGGGCAUCUGCUAAUUUCAAACAUGCCAUUGGCCUUUCCUGUGAAUUAGUGGUGGAGCACAUUCAGAGCUUCAUACAUUCAGAUGUUGGCUAUGAGAAUAUGAUCAACACAAUGCUCAGAGAUCUUUUCAAGUUACUUGUAGCUUGUGUAGCAGAACCCACAGAAACCAUCUCGAGAGUUGGGUGCUCAUGUAUCAGAUAUGUACUAGUGACAGCUGGCCCUGUUUUUACUGAGGAAAUGUGGCGGCUGGCCUGUUGUGCCUUAGAGGAUGCUUUUUCAACUACUCUUGAACCAGUGAAGAAUCUGUUGGGCUAUUUCCACAGUGGCUCUGAAAAUCUGAGUGGCGAUGCCUGUGAGGUAAAAAUGGCAGCUCCUUCCCUCUCACCGAGUGCCGAAGCUGAAUACUGGAGAAUAAGGGCAAUGGCCCAACAAGUGUUUAUGUUGGACACCCAGUGCUCCCCAAAGACACCAAAUAACAAGGAAGGAUUUGAACAUGCUCAGUCUUGUGUGCUUAUUAUUGAGCUGCCUCCUGAUAAGAAGUCCAACGGCCAUUCACAAAAAAGUAUCCCUUUCAGGACAAUUGUAGUGAGCCUGCUUUCCCACCAAGUGCUGCUGCAGAAUUUAUAUGAUAUUUUGUUGGAAGAAUUUGUGAAAGGGCCCUCACAUGCUGAAGAGAAAAUAAUACACCAACUGCCAGAAACCAAACUCACCGGUUUCCUCAGGUACAUUUCUAUGCAGAACUUGGCUGUCAUCUUUGACCUACUGCUGGACUCAUACCGGACAGCUAGAGAGUUUGAUACAAGGACCGGGUUGAAGUGCUUGCUCAAAAAGGUAUCUGGCAUUGGUGGGGCUGCCAACUUAUACCGCCAGUCGGCCAUGAGCUUCAAUAUCUACUUCCAUGCCUUGAUCUGCGCUAUUGUGACCAAUCAGGAAAAUAUCACUGCAGAGCAGGUGAAGAAAAUCCUUUUUGAAGAUGAUGAAAGGAGCACCGAUUCAUCCCAACAAUGCUCUUCAGAAGAUGAAGACAUUUUUGAAGAGACUGCUCAAGUCAGCCCACCAAGGGGGAAGGAGAAGAGGCAGUGGAGGGCCAGGUUGCCAUCUCUGAGUGUUCAACCUGUGAGCAAUGCAGAUUGGGCUUGGUUAAUCAAAAGGCUUCACAAACUCUGCAUGGAGUUAUGUAAUAACUACAUUCAGAUGCAUCUGGAUCUGGAAAAUAGUGCUGAUGAGCUCCCUGUCUUCAGAGGAGACCCUUUCUUCAUCCUUCCAUCCUUUCAAUCAGAAACAUCCACACCAUCUACUGGAGGUCUUUCUGGAAAAGACACCCCUUCAGAAGAUGAUAAAAGCCAGAUUAGGGACUUGCUCACAGAAAACAUCACUCCUAAGGGAAGUUCAGAUAUUCUGCUGCUUCCACCAUUGAGCCCCAAAACGGAGAAGAAAGACCCAGGCAGAAAAAAAGAAUGGUGGGAGAGUGCUAGCAACAAAAUUUACACCAUAGCAACAGAUAAAACCAUAUCAAAGCUAAUGACAGAAUAUAAGAAAAGGAAGCAACAACAGCAUAACUUGGCUAACUUCUCCAAAGAGAUGAAAGCUGACAAGAAAGGGGAUCCACUUGGCACAAGAGGGCCAGAUUCACCACUCCCCCAACGGCCACAAAAUCUGAUUGAUAAAGGCCAAAUGAGGCACUCCUUCAGUGCAGGACCAGAGAUUCUGAGGCAAGAAAAGAGGCCACGCUCCGGGUCGACUGUCAGCUCGCUCAGUAUAUCAGUCCGGGAUGGUGAGGCACAAAUACAGGCGUGGACCAACAUGGUUCUGACAGUUCUUAACCAGAUUCAAUCCCUACCAGACCAGAUCUUCAUCGCCCUCCAACCAGCAGUAUUUCCCUGCAUCAGUCAAUUGACUUGCCACGUGACAGACGUUCGGGUUCGUCAGGCUCUGAGAGAAUGGCUGGGAAGAGUAGGGAGGGUUUAUGACAUCAUUGUGUAGAAGACUUUGGUUGCCUUAUCGAAUAGAGACUGAAUCUAAUGUACUUCAAGGCAUACAAAUAAAGUGCAUUUGUUGAAAACUUACCUAUAAAAAUGGUAGAGGGGUAUACAUCUGCCCAGUUGCUAGUCAGUAAUAGCUGGCAAAAUCUAUCCCACGCUGUUAAAUCUUAAGAGCACAGUGUAGUCAUACUCACAACACCAGAGAAUGUGACAUAGGAGAGUAUGACAGGAGGAGACUUUAUAUUAAAUUUGAAAUAGGUAUUCAGACAGGCUGAUAUAUGAAAGCUCAGUAUGUUUGAUACUGCAUAUUUUUUACGGAACGAAAAGGAAUGCUUCUUUUGCAGGAAGGUAGCAAAGAAGAUUGUGGAGCAAGGCAAGUAGCAUGGACACAUUCGUAUAAUAGGCUUCGUCAAGACUGACCAUUGAGAAUAUAAUGAUUGCUGAGAUAUCUUUAGUACAGAUUUCUGUUGUGUCUUAAAUGAGGCAUCUGAUCCUUAAAUCAUCUACAUUUAAAAAAAAAAUAGAUGUACCAAUAAAUAGAUGGGUUUUCUGGUUCUGUAGUCCUUUCCCAUCCCUCCACUGUAAGUUAACAAAUGCCAUAAAAUUUACAUGUGUCCCAGGUUUUCUGUUUUCAAGCUUUCCAUUUUGUAUUGUCUGACUUCUUUGUCAGGGCAAAAGAAUCUGAAAAUUAGGUUUCUGAAUAGAAUAUGUAGAGUUAUCAAUUUUUUGCCCUUACAACAAAUCUGUAAAAUAAAUUGUUCUCAGAGAU